AUGGUGUCGCAGCUGUUAGCUGAGGUCCCGGUGGGACAAAUAAGCCGACAGGAUCGUUCACAAAUAUCGGCAAAUGAGAAGCGCAUACGGAAUCGAAGUCUAUGCAGUCUACUCUGUACACCGCCACCGUAUCCUGGCUACACAGCAAUUAUGUCCAACAUCCGGGCGACUGGAAUUGUCGAUUUUUCUUAUUCGCCGUGGAAAAAUUCUGUUAUUAUACCGUCGUUUUGUCAGCAAGAUGGUUGUCACCAGUUCACCGCUUCAGUUGAUUCUGUGCCCUACCGCAGCGACAGUCGUCCAAGCAUAUGUCUUACACCAGAAUUUGAUCAGAUUUCGCCAAGCGACGAUUGCAAAACUUUUUGCAGCGGCCGGAGCAUUUGGAGUAGCCUUCGUAAAGUAACAGCGACUUCUAAAGGUUCGUCAGGCUACGGUUCUGCUAGUUCAGAAUCUGAUCAGGAAAAUGAGCAGCAAAUUUUCGAAGAUGACAGUUUGAAUGUUCGUGGCCGUUCUCCUCGCUUGUCUUCUGUUUCUCAUGCAAGACUGCGAACUAGAAAAUCUAACGCAAAUAAAAGUAGACGUCGAAGUGUUCCAGCAUACUUGCGUGAUGCUUUUUCAGGUGGCAUUUUGUCUUGA